AUGAAUAAUACUCCUCCAGUAAUUGUUGGUGGUGUAAGAACACCCGCAAGACGAAGACCAACCCCAAGUGGUGGCCAAACAAGUAGCAAUACUCAAGGAAGAGGUAGUGUCAGUGGAAAUACCAUAUUAAAAAUUUAUGGAGAUGAUUCCCCCGGUUUUAAAUUAACACCACAAACCGUUUUAAUAUCAACCCUAAUAUUUAUGGCAACAGUAGUUAUUCUUCAUAUUAUUAGUAAAAUUUAA